GUUAGCUAACGGGGGCUAGCCUGUUAUGGAAGACGAGGGAGCACAUCAGAGGGUCUGUCUGACAAAACGGGACUGGCUAGUUCUGAGGCGUGAUUUAGAAAGAUAACACUACACCCCGGAACCGUCUUCCUGGCUGAUAAACAAAAACACCAUAGUGAGAGAUUAAAAAACUUACAACAGUACAACAUGGACCUGGCGACUGCGGAGCGUCCGCUGAUCAGUCGCCGCCGUCGAGUGUAGCUCUCCCCGGCCGCGGCUGAACCUCAGCGGCGGCACUUCGGGGCGCCCUGGAGCCGCGGGAAUUUUUGUCCACGCCUUUUAUAUGGGAUACGACCGGGCUUCCCCUCUGCUUUGUCCUUGUUUCCCAGCCGUGACAGCGCUCCCUCUCGGCUGCUGUCGACUGGCCGCAGCGGCGCCCGCGUCGCAUGGACUCCUACCGGUAGUUUUGCGGGCUAUUCCGGCGGGUCUUUCCUCUCCUCCGGGUGGACGCGACAGUCAUGUUCGCCGUGCGUAUCGUCACCGCAGACUACUAUCUAGCGAGUCCGAUUAAAGACCUGGAUGUCUGCUACUCUGAAUUCAGGGAGAGCGGCGUGAAGAAAGUGCCGGUGGUCCGUAUAUUUGGAGCAACACCUGCAGGCCAGAAAACGUGUCUCCACCUCCAUGGCGUGUUCCCCUACAUCUACGUACCAUACGAUGGUCACAGCCAGCAGCCGGAGCGCUAUCUGCGGCAGGUGGCCUUCAGCAUCGACAGGGCCCUCAACGCUGCCAUGGGAAACCCCUCCUCUAGUGCCCAGCACGUUUUCAAGGUGGUUCUGGUCUCUGGCAUGCCUUUCUACGGCUACCAUGCUAAGGAGAAGCACUUUAUGAAGAUCUAUCUGUACAAUCCUCAGAUGGUCAAAAGGGUGUGCGAGCUGUUGCAAAGUGGAGCAGUGAUGAACAAGAGCUACCAGCCUCACGAAGGCCACAUCCCUUACCUGCUGCAGCUCUUCAUUGACUACAAUCUGUACGGCAUGAACCUGGUUAAUUUGGGAGCCGUAAAGUUCCGCAGGGGCCCGAGCAAAGGAGAUGCAGCGGCCGUCCCAGACAGGCUGACUCCCAGCGGUGUUCCCAGCAUCAGCCCCUGGAAGAGCCCCUGCACCUCCAAGGUCAACGACAGCACCCUGGGGGACACGUUUGUCCGCUGGGAGGAGAACGCCAUACCCUGCUCUCUAGUCCUGGAUGAGGUGAAGCAGAGCACCUGUGAGCUGGAGGUCGAUGCAGUGGCCGCAGACGUCCUCAACCGCCUGGAAAUCGAAAAUCAAAUCGGCAGGAACCCGGGGCUGCAGGCCAUCUGGGAGGACGAGAAGCAGAGGAGGCGGGAGAAGGACCAGGUCUCCCAGAUAGAAACCCCCAAGUCCCAAGACCGUGAGUUCGUCGCUUCGACUGAGAGCGAGAAGAUUUUCAUGAAGAGAUUCAAGGAGAUCCUGAAGGAGAACGAGUUUGACGUCACACAAGGUUUGUCUGUUAGCAACAGGCAGGACCAAGAGGAUCUCCUCAGUGAAAUGACCCUCCAUCCCGACCCACUGACGCCCGAGGGAUGGCCGUUUACCCCCGCUAAUGCUGUGGAGGCGCACAGGUCACCGCAGCCUGUCCCAGACUCUGUGAGGACCAGUAAGAAAGUCCGAGAGGAGGCUGUUGUGGAUGAGGAGGCCAUCUUGAGUCUCCUGGAGAACAGUCAGACCUUCCUCCCGCCUUCCCAGACCUCCAACCACUCGCCCCUGUUAGACAGCAGCCAGGACCAAGCCUUCAUCGAUCUGCUGGCAGGGCUGGAGAACGAUGGCUUCCGCAGGACUCCCGUUAGGCAGAAUUCCCAGUCACUUCCUGGUGCCAGGAGCCACCACUGCAACAGCGACGAGGAGGAGGAGGAGCCGGAGCUGGACAAGGUAGAGGCCGAGCUCAGCGUGAUAAUGUCACAGCGGUGGGACAACGAGGCUCCCGAGAACUCACCCUCACCAAGGCCAGGUGCAAAAGAGCCAGACAACAAUGGCUUCAGCGACGAGCGGCAGGAGUCCUCCGACGAAGACAUGGAGUGGAGCGGCGGGAGUAACUCUCUGUUUGCCAAUCUGUCCAUCCCCCAGCUCGACGGGGCGGCGGACGAGAGCAGCGAUUCAUCCCUAACCGACAGUGGCUCCAGGACCCAAUCUUCUGUCAUAGUCUCAGAAAAGAGGCUCGGAAAGAGGAAUCCCUUCUCCGGGGAGACUGUUCACCUGGAGCCGCCGUCUUCAGCGAAGAUCUUUCUUGAGCACAGACCAGUUCAUGGGCUGGACACGGAGCAACCACUUGACAAGCACUUUCAGUCAAAGAGCAGCCAGGACAGCAGCAGUGAAUGUGCAACGGGGUUCAAAUUCGAUAACGAAAUCCCCUAUAUCCCGCCGGUCAAACCCCCCAUCCCCUGCAAGUUAUCCAGUCACCCUGAGGUGUCUCCCACCUGCAUAGAGAAAAUGAACAUACACCCCCUGUAUACAACCUGUACAUAUGACAAGAAAAAGUCCAUAGCUUUGGAUAAGACCGACCUCAAGACGUUCCCAUUUGGUAACAGAAAGAUCACCAAAAACGGGAAGAAGUAUGGCAGCAUAAAGAAUGUAGAAACUAACUGUCUGUCCAUUCUUCAGAACCAUAGGACCUUCUCCCUCUGUUACUCAGAGCUGAGAAACUGCUCUGCUAAGGCAGAGCUGGACCUUAGCCAGAAGGACACUAAAAGCCCUCUCCUGAGGAACAUCUCCUCAGCUCCUUCACCCAUUGUGGAUGAUGGAUUUCUUAAUCCUCAGGAGGAAGAAAUGGGCCAGGACAGUGAAGAGGGAGACGUUGGUGAACUCAAAAUCAGGUACGAGGACUAUCAGGAAAAUAAGACUGAGAGGACGAUUGUGGCCCAGCAGGAAGCACACUACAAGUUCUUCCCAAGUGUAAUCCUCUCCAACUGCCUCAGUAGGAAGAAAGCUGUUAUCAAAAAGCCGGCAGAUCCUUGCAGCAAGAUUGAGCAGGCCCUGCCUCGCAGGUCAAGGCUAAAAGUGUAUAAAAAAGGGUUGGGAAUGGCAGGCCAAAGGAAUAAAAUAAGCAUUUUUGAAAGCUGUACUUCCGACAGCCAGGAUAGCGCUGCCCUCACCUCAACCAUGCCUGCUUGUCAAGAUACUGUAGAUGCAGAGAUGCCAGUUUUGGAGAAUAAGUUGAUAAUAGAGCCAAUUGAAGAUGUGCCAAUCACGGAACAGGAGCCAAUCACAAAGAACCAGCCACAAAGUGAGGACAGCUCUGUAAGUGAACAGCUAGAACAGACAGAACCACCUUCAGAGCCCCCCAUCACAACCGUUUUCUCUUUUUCCUCAGAAGCUAAAGACUCGACAGAGGAAACUUUAAGGUCAUUACAGGAUUUAUCAGCUAAGGUCACCUGUACUAAAUCUUUGGCGCUGCCUGGUAGUAAAUAUACCCUGAGGGCCAAACGGAAGAUGAUCCAUGAUGGCGAGGAUGGAGAAUACUCAGGUGCCACUCGUUCUAAAAAUCCAGCCUCCAUCAAAGAACGGUUUAAGGACACCAAUGUUCCCAGUGGGCAGGAAGCAAAAUACCAGAAACGGUGCAAGAAGGAGCCCCCAAUCAUUAUCAAGUACAUUAUCAUCAACAGGUUUAAAGGACAGAAAAACAUGCUGGUGAAGAUGUCCAAAGUGAAUGCAGAGGAGCAGUUGGUGAUGCUGACGUCAGACAAGCUAGACCAGUACAAUAGACUUGCCCCUCUUAAGGAUUUCUGGCCCAAGGUACAAGAAUCCUCUGCUGUCAAGUUCCCCAUUGUUGAGACAAAGGCAAAAAAACACCCAAAAAGAAAAGCAAAGGUCACCUCCACAAAUAAAAAAACGUUCUGCAACUCCUCCAAACCACAUGUCAGACAGGGUCAAAGGGUCAAAAGGACUAAAGGCUCUCAGAAAGGUCCAAUUCUACAAUCUCUUACACCCCCUGGGCCAUCUUACGGCGAGCUAGCAGACGACCACGACCGUGAGUAUUCUGAUGUCAUGGUAGAAUUGGGCUACCUUUCAGAUAGCUCCACAAGUCCUACAAACUCAACGCCCCCUCGUUGUUGGUCCCCAAGUGAGCCUCUCACAGACACUAGCAGUUCAGAACAGCUAAUAAACCCACUCAGUGACCCAUGUCCUAGUUCUGAUUUUCACAAGACAUUGUGUUCAACCAAAGGAGCACAAAGAAAAUGUCAAACUGCCAAACCGAAAAUAUCCCCACACACACAAAGGAAUACAAGCAAGUCUAUCGCUAAGCCUCAGGCGGAAGAGGAACCCAAAAAAGAUAAAUCACGACCAAGGAGUGGUGGUGCUCCGAAGCAAAGGAAGAAAGCUAAAGACACAGCAGAAAGUACCUUAAAGAAUUCUACAAACACCACGAGACCGCGGAAGUCUUGCAAAAAGAAGACAGAGGAACACAAAAUCCAUGAUUCAAGUCAAGACACCUCCCAGCUUCUAUUCAUUGAGGAUGAGCCACCUCCUUCCACGAGUUCCUCUCAAGACGGCCCCCCAUUUCAGCAGCCAAUGAGCACCGGUGGCAAAAGCCAGGGUAGUUCCCAGCCAGUAUCUAAUUCAGACUCAAACUCAGUAGCCCAGUCUCUAGAACCAAAGGUCGAGGACUGUGAGACUUCCAUCAUGGAAGUCAACCAAAGCUUAUCAGUUCAGCUGAAGCAGCAGGGUUGCCAGACCACUGUGGUAAAGUUAGAGGCUUCACAGGAGAAGUGCACUGCCCCUCUACCUCCUCUAGCUACUAGACCACUACUUGAAGAUAGUAAAGACCCCAAAGCCUCCCCACACUCAGGCCCGAAGAACGGGCAGAUCCCAACUCUCUCCGAGACUCCAUCUGGCUUGGCUGUCCUCAAGCAGCUUCUCCAAAAGAGGCAGCAGGGACAGGCUCUUCCUCUACAGGUGGUUGGUACAAACAGCCCCUCAACUGCCAUAGCUCAGGCCACAGCACUGCUAGAUCCCACAUCUAAACCAGUCACAUUCAAAAGAACUCCCUCCGCCUCUCCACGGAAACCCAGGGUCCCAAAAUCUACCACUCCAAAGGUUAAAAAGCCCAGAAUCAGGAAAGGCAAGGCAAGGAGCUCUCAGCCAAACCUAUCCGUGAAGCAGGAGGGCAACAUGUCUGAUGACUACCCCAUCUUCCUGUCAGACCCUGGCCUGGACAGCUGCAACUACGUGGAAGAUAGCUUGUCACCACAGCUCCCACACAACUAUAACUUUGACAUAAAUGCCAUUGAUCAAACAGAGUUCUCUAGCCCGUACAGCGGCAGUCAGUUUGUGCUAACUGAUAAGAAUUUACCACUUAAGUUCUUGAGUGAUGUCAGUCUGGAAGCUGUAUCUGCUCAGUCUCUGGGCUUUGAGAAGAAACUUGAUAGGCUCUUUGAUUCUGGGGAGGAGCUCCAAAGAGGCUUUGAUUGGCGCAAAGCAAGGUCCGUCAGCCCCGACCUCUUUGAUAGACCAGAGUAUGGGGAGUCGCUUUCAAAUCAUCUCACUUUCCUCGACUCAGAGAAAACCAAGAGCAAAGAGUGGGACUUCUCUUUAGGGAAAGCCCACACCCUCAGCCAUUUUCAAGAUUUCCAUUGUGAGAGAAAAGAGUUGCUCUUUUCCGUCUUCGACUCUGUCCUGCCGCUACCCUUAAGCUCUGCGUCAUUCGUCGACCACGAUGGCUCCCCAACAGGGGAGCUUCUGGAGUGUAAUGAUGGGCUAACGUCGACCACACCCAGUAGCUCUCCCCGCUCCAUCAGCUCACUCUCUCAGGUGAGGGCUGGCCAGCUGCUGCGUGGGGCAGGAGGUGGAACCCAUGUCCUGAAGCCACUCAUGUCACCGCCAAGUCGGGAGGAGAUUCUUGUCACUUUGCUGGAUCUGGAAAUGUCGGAGGCCACGUUCCAGGAGCCUUUCUGCAGCAACCCCUCUGAUGCGCCAGGGAAACCAAUGGAAGUUGGCGGCCGUAAGUUAGCGGUGCAUACCAGGCUGACUAAGGAGCUAGCAGAGUUCAGUGGAGAUCUGUCUUUGGAGGGCCUCUAUUUCUGGAAGACUGCGUUCUCAGCCAUGACUCACCCUGCCAUCACUUUUACCUCAUCUCCCCAAGCCCGGGGAGCUCGGACCUCAGAGGGGAGUAUAGACCACGCCAAGCUUGACCCAUCCUCAGCCAGUGACAAGAAGGUCAUCCUCAUGCCCUGCAAAAACUCACCUAGCAGGGAGCGUGUGCAGCUGUGGCUGGAAGCCAGGAAGCAGUACGAGAGUUUACAAAAAGGAUUGCUGAAGAAGGGGGUGGUUGGGCUAGAUGUGGUGGGGAUGGCAGAAAGAACUGAGCAGCCAGGUGCGUCCAGCUGUCCAGCAGUGACGGUUGAGAUGUGUGAGAGACUCUCCAGUAUCAGGACACAGAGGAGAAAGAAAAGCAACCUGUCCUUAAUCAUGACUCCCAUGACAAACACAGGCUCUCAGUGUAAAUCCACCUCAGUGAGUCCAGUUUCUGAUGAUGGCGGUGUGAAUAUUGAGCAGGAGGGCAAAGAGAGCGAUGAUCGUGAGAAUAAAACCCCCUCUCCGGAGUCCCCAGAGCUGCCUUCCUGGCAGCAGUCCUGUCAGCCCAGUUCCUCAGGGCUGGACCGCCUCUGCGAAAAACAUCCAGAACUAAUGUCACCCGGGCUCUCCAACUCCUCAGAGAGAAGAGGGGAGAGCCCCAGUCCUUCAUCCAUCCAUCGGAGUAACAGGGAAGAGGGAAGGACAAGCCCCCACUUCUUCCACAGCACCCCCUUUUUAAGGCGAAGGCGGAGAAGCCAGGAGCACUUGGAGCCAGUGUGCAGCACGCCCGUAUCUGAGGAGGAUCCCGUUUCUCAGAGACUUCAGCAAAGGAGGAGAAGCCAAGCGGACCCACUCAGACGAGUGUUGCUGACCACACAGAUGAAGAACCACUUUGCUGCUUUGAAUGUGCCAAAGAAAGAUAACUCUGAGAUUGAAGGCCCCAGCAUAGCCAACUCUUACGGUUUCAAAAUCAGCAUGCAAAAUCUGCAGGAUGCCAAAGCUCUGCAUGAGGUCCAGCACCUAACACUGAUAGGCAUGGAGCUCCAUGCUAGAACCCGCCGGGACCUUGAGCCUGACCCAGAGUUCGACCCCAUAUGUGCCUUAUUCUACUGCCUCAGUUCUGAUGCUCCCCUGCCAGAUGUUCACAGCACCCAGCUGACGGGCGCCAUUGUGGUGGACAAAGACCAUCAAAGCAGAGACCAAGCAGGUCAUAGAGGAACGGCGCCCCUGCUGGUCAGGUCAGGCGUCUCCGGGCUGCAGGUGACGUACGCCACCGAUGAGAAGGUGCUGUUUCAGGAGCUGAUCGCCGUCAUGAGGAGGUUUGACCCGGAUAUCCUGGUUGGGUACGAGGUGCAGAUGCACUCCUGGGGCUACCUCCUGCAGCGGGCUGCAGCGCUCGGAGUGGACCUGUGUCAGCAGCUGUCCCGUGUGCCAGGUGACUCCAAAGACAACCGCUUCUCCGCAGAGAGAGACGAGUACGGAGCAGACACCAUGAGUGAGAUCAACAUCAUUGGGCGCAUCACCCUCAACCUGUGGAGGACAAUGAAGACUGAGGCAACAUUGAACAACUACACUUUUGAGAAUGUGGCCUUCCAUGUGCUCCACCAGCGCUUCCCCCUCUACAGCCCCCGCACCCUGUCCGACUGGUUUGACCACAACACCGACCUCUACAGGUGGAAGAUGGUGGACCACUACGUGAGCCGUGUGUGCGGCUCCAUGCAGCUUCUUCAGCAGCGCGACAUCAUCGGCAGAACUAGCGAGCUGGCGCGAUUGUUUGGGAUUCAGUUCUAUCACGUUCUGACCCGGGGAUCACAGUACCGCGUUGAGUCAAUGAUGCUUCGCCUGGCCAAGCCGUUGAACUACAUCCCCUUGACGCCUAGCAUCCAGCAACGAGCCCAACAGAGGGCGCCGCAGUGCAUUCCACUGGUGAUGGAGCCCGAAUCGCGCUUCUACAGUAACUCAGUGAUCGUGUUGGACUUCCAGUCACUCUACCCAUCCAUCGUCAUUGCGUACAACUACUGCUACUCCACCUGUCUGGGCCACGUGGAGAGCCUGGGAACGCACGAUGAGUUUAAGUUCGGCUGCGCCUCCCUGCGGGUUCCUCCUGAGCUCCUCUACCAGCUUCGCAAUGACAUCACCGUCUCACCCAACGGCAUCGUUUUCGUUAAGUCGUCGGUGCGCAAAGGCGUCCUGCCAAACAUGCUGGAGGAAAUCCUGUCCACCAGAAUCAUGGUGAAGCAGUCGAUGAAGGCGUACAAGCAGGACAGGACGCUGACCAAGCUGCUGCACGCCCGGCAGCUCGGACUCAAGCUCAUCGCCAACGUCACCUUUGGCUACACUGCCGCCAACUACUCCGGCCGUAUGCCCAGCGUAGAGGUUGGAGACAGCAUUGUCCACAAAGCCAGAGAGACGCUGGAGAGAGCCAUCAAGCUGGUGAACGACACUAAGAAGUGGGGGGCACGCGUUGUGUACGGGGACACCGACAGCAUGUUUGUGUUGCUGAAGGGAGCCACCAAAGAGCAGGCCUUCAAGAUCGGCAACGAGAUCGCAGAGGCCGUGACCGCAACCAACCCGAAGCCGAUCAAGCUCAAGUUUGAGAAGGUGUACCUGCCCUGCGUGUUGCAGACAAAGAAGCGCUAUGUGGGCUACAUGUACGAGAGCCUUGACCAAAAGGAGCCCGUGUUUGACGCCAAAGGGAUCGAGACAGUGCGGCGCGACGGCUGCCCCGCUGUUUCCAAGAUUCUGGAGCGUUCCAUCAAGCUGCUGUUUGAGACUCGUGACAUCAGCCAAGUGAAGCAGUUUGUGCAGCAUCAAUGCAUGAAGGUUCUGGACGGCCGGGCCAGCAUGCAGGAUCUGACCUUCGCCAAGGAGUACCGGGGCAGCAGCUCGUACCGGCCCGGAGCCUGCGUGCCGGCCCUGGAGCUCACCAGGCGCAUGAUGGCGUACGACCGUCGCCUGGAGCCCCGCGUGAGUGAGCGGGUGCCUUAUGUGAUCGUGUACGGGAUUCCCGGUGUGCCGCUCAUCCAGCUGGUGCGUCGGCCAAUGGAGGUGCUGCACGACCCUGCCCUCCGCCUCAACGCCACCUACUACAUCACCAAGCAGAUCCUGCCACCGCUGGCCCGCAUGUUCCAACUGAUUGGGGUGGACAUUUUUGCCUGGUACCAGGAGCUCCCCAGGAGUCAGAAGGCGUCCUGCUCCUUGAGCGUGGGUGGAGAGGAGGUCGGGAGGAAAGGAACCAUCUCCCAGUACUUCACCACCCUCCACUGCCCUGCCUGUGACGAGCUCACCCAGCUGGGCGUGUGCUCGCGGUGCCGCGCCGCGCCCCAGAGAGUCGCAGUGACGCUCCACCAGGACAUGAGACUGUGGGAGUCACAGCAGGACCAGCUGCUGAAGAUCUGCAGGAACUGUAGCGGCUGUGCAGAGCGCCAAGUGCCCUGUGUGUCUCUGGAAUGUCCUGUCCUCUACAAGCUGUCCCGGGUCAACAGACAGCUCUCCAAGGCCCCCUACCUCAGACAGCUGCUGGAGCAGUUCUGAUUGGCUCCUGAAGCCCCCCCUCCCCCUCAGUGUUUGAUUGUCCAUUCAGUUGAAAUAGUGCUUUGAUUGAAGCCUGUCGGGGUUUCCAUUUUGUCUUGUAACUGUUAUUUUUAUUUGUGCUACAAGUAUUUUUCUGCGUGUGCAGAAUGUCUGGUUUGAACCCCCCCACUCCCUCUCCAGGGCUUGUGUGUCUUGAUGCUUGUUUGCUGCCAUCUCCAUUAGCUGCUAUGAGCUGAGCGAGGUCCGGUUGAGGACAAAUCGUUUGGUCGUUUUGUGCAGUGUACCAGUUUGAAGGAGUUCCUUUAAAAAACAAUGACUUAAGUCUAAAGACAAACUACAUUCAAUCCUAAUUGACUUUUCAUUUUUAUAUCAACGGCAUUUUUUUUUUUGUAAAUAGUUUCUGUAAAGCUCCAUCUUUAAUCUCACUGUGCAUUAGCAUUAACAAAAAAGAGAACUAAAGCUCCGGCCAUGAAUGCACAUCUGUUUUUACGCAUCCUGUGUAAGGAUGCCAUUUUCCAUGUUUCUAACUUUGAUUGUAUUAAUAUACAUUUUGGCAAAUUUCACACUUCAUACUCUUAAGUGUGCGAACUGGAAACUAUUUCAGUCUUUCCAAAAAAUCUGGGACUGUUGCAAUACUGUGUUGAUAAUUUAUCUCAUAAAAACUUGUUUCCCUUUGCAUAAAUAUGGUUUUGUGUCAAUUCCAGUUUUAUCAGCAAAAUAAAAAAAUCAAUCACAUUAAGAUCCAAUUCUCCAUGUACCUGUACAAAUGUAUAAAAAAGUAAUGAAGAUAGUGUUUUGUUUGUUUUUAAUAGACAUUGCUGUGGGAGGAGGUUUGAGAUUGAUAUAAUAAAAAGUCAAUGUAAUAAA